AUGUCACAUUCAGUAAAAAUUUAUGAUACAUGUAUAGGGUGUACUCAAUGUGUACGAGCUUGCCCUACGGAUGUGUUGGAAAUGAUACCGUGGGACGGAUGUAAAGCUAAGCAAAUUGCUUCCGCACCAAGAACCGAGGAUUGUGUAGGUUGUAAGAGAUGUGAAUCUGCUUGUCCAACGGAUUUUUUGAGUGUCCGUGUCUAUUUAUGGCAUGAAACAACUCGCAGCAUGGGACUAUCUUAUUGA